AUGAACGCUUCGAACCUCAAAUAUGAGGCGCACUCGCUUCUAUUCGGUGACGGCAGUGGCUACGGUGGGAUGGCGUUCUCAGCGAUUGCGGCAGCAGCAGCAGCAGCGUCAGAGCCAUCGACGACAACGUCGACGUCGACGACGACGACAUUGGAUACACCUCCCUCCAACGAUAGCCUGCUGACGAUCGUGUCCUGCUACGACGACUACCCACAAAACGAGCUGCUGGUUGAGUUUGAGUUCUGGAUCAGCGGUGUAGUGAUGAAUGUGGUCGCGCUAAUCGGCAUCCUUGGUAACAUCUUCUCGAUGGUGAUCCUGUCGCGGCCUCAAAUGCGUUCCAGCAUCAACUACCUGCUGAUCGGGCUGGCCCGAUGUGAUACGGUGCUGAUCCUCACCUCGGUGCUAAUCUUCGGCUUGUGUGCGAUCUACCCACACACGGGCUAUCUGUACUACUACCACUAUCAGAUCUUCCCGAAGAUCUCGCUGGUCGUGUACCCGUUGGCGAUGAUCGCGCAGACCGCUAGUGUGUAUCUGACACUGACAGUGACACUCGAACGGUACGUCGCCGUGUGUCAUCCACUACGAGCGCGCGCUCUCUGCACGUAUGGACGCGCCCGGUUGUACGUGGUCGGUAUCCUGCUGUUCUCGAUCCUGUACAACUUGCCCCGGUUCUGGGAGGUGACGCUUAUCUCCUCCACACACCCGGACACCGGACUCGUCAUCUACUGCGUGAAAGCGUCCGACAUGCGCACGAACGAGACGUACAUCAAGGUGUACAUCCACUGGCUGUACAUGAUCUUCGUGUACUUUCUGCCGUUCAGUCUGAUCUCGUUCUUCAACCUGAUGAUCUACCGGCAGGUGCGCCGUGCCAACAAAGAACGCCAGCGAUUGUCUCGCUCCGAGAAGCGCGAGAUCGGCCUCGCGACGAUGCUGAUCUGCGUUGUGAUCGUGUUUCUGCUGUGCAACCUGCCCGCCAUGAUGAUCAACAUCGUGGAGGCGUUCUACAGCGUGAUCAUCGAGUACAUGGUGAAGGUGUCGAACCUGCUCGUUACGAUCAACUCGAGCGUCAACUUCUUCAUCUACGUCAUCUUUGGCGAAAAGUUUAAGCGCAUCUUCCUGUUGCUUUUUUGCAAACCCCGCGGCCGUCAGUCACCGGACGACGGGCUCAUCCACGACGACAGCUCGUUCUCGAACGGCGACGCAAGCAACCGGAACUCGGGUCGGUUCCAGCGUGUCGGAACCACGCGCAGCACCUCGACCAAGCUCAGCAACUGCAGCAUGCGCACGAUCCGCACCACGGUACGGAGCACACGAGCGCCCUCGCCCGGACCGAUCGUGUACUAUCCGGCUCGCGAGACUCUGCCCCGGCUCGCCCAACCGACCACGAUCACGCGCAGCAACUCGAUGUUCCCGGAUUGGGCCCAACGGGAACCGACCUCCACCACCAACGGGGGCACCAACGGCGGCAUCAUGAUGGCGUCGUCCGGUUUCUAGUUGGCAUCGACCAUCGCAGCAGCAGCAGCACUGAGGUUUCGAGCUUUAAUCCGCAGUCACAAACGGAUCGCAGCAGACGGCACACUUCCGGCACGGGGAACGAGAAUGAACCGUGAGCCAACGACGACGGAGCGGACUGUCGGUCGCGGGGAACCGACGCGAGAGGGAGCGAUAUUUUUACAUCCAGCUACUCCAGUCUCGUCCCACUAUCCCUGCAGUACUGCUGAUAAUUAGUGCACUUCAUUUUGCCGCCUCCGUUCGGUGCUGGAGCACCU